AUGUUUGGCAGAGAACCACGCCUGCCUAUAGGAAUAGAAACAACGAAAGAACGAAAGACAAACACGAAGUAUGUUGAGAAUUUAAAAGAAAGACUGAAGAAAUCGUAUGAGUUAGCUACGAAUUCAGCAAAGAUAGCUCAAGGACGUCAGAAGAAACAUUAUGACAACAAAGUGCGUGGAGCCAUAUUACAUCCAGGCGACCGAGUACUCCCUAACUCCACUAUCCCAGUCUUUACCGUGAGAAAGGAAAGCGGACAUGGCAGAAAGAGAACCUUACAUAGGAACCUUCUUUUGCCUAUUGGUUCAGUUUCCAUCGAUGAAGAUCAAGAAAAGGAGAAGCCUAGACCUACUCCUGCACCACGAUUAAGACCCAGGAAGAAUAAAGAAAUAGAUCCACAACCAACGCCAAGUCUUCAUGAUAGCACUCUGACAAGUUCUGAUGAAGAAAGUGAUGACGAUUAUUUGGUUUAUGUGGUUACAGAACCUGACGUUGAAGACUUAAGUACUCCACACAGUACUAUUGAUGAGUUAGAAGCGCAGGAUGAUGAUGAUACCGUUCAGGACGAGGAUGAUGACGAUCAGGAACACGUUGCUGAACAGCAAGAUACUGGAAUUGAGGGUGACGACCUUCCAUCUGAAGAGAGUAAUACAGUUGAUCCAGUACUUGAGCCUGAUGAAGUGUCAGAGACCGAACAUCAAGAAGCUGACAUUUCAUUACUUGAUGAUAUAGAGGAACCUGGGCAAGACGACACUGUUGAUGAAACAGUAGAUAAUGUCACUCAACCGGACAUUGAAGCACCAUGGAUAGAAGUUCAACCGAGAAGAUCUGUACGUGCCAGAACAUCGACAGCUACCACGAAGUAUAAGGAUUUUGUAGUAUCCAAGAAGAGUCAGCCACAACCUGACUGGAAGAGUAGAGCCGAUUAUCUGAAGGAUAUUGCUUCUAGUGGUACUUUCAAAGGCAUGGAGGAUCAGAUUCUAGCAAGCCUUUUGAAGAUUGCCUCUGAGAAGUGAUGGCAUACUUUACAGACGAUCAGUAUUGAUUACGAGGACGUCAUAUUUUUUUCUCAGGAGGAGGAGAGAUAUUUGUGAUGUCAUGGAAGACAUUCUCUAACAGAGGGGAGGAUGUGGUAGAGUGGAUUUUUAUCAUAUUAAUCAUUUAUAUAUUUUAUAUGUUUCAUAGGUUAUUCUGAGACACCAUUAAUUAUAUUCUUUCAUUUGCAGAGUAGUUUACUUAGUUUACCUUUAUUCUAUUGAUUGCCUAUUGAUUGCCUAUUGAUUAUUCAUUGAUCCAUUUAAUCUAACUGUUUACCUUGUAGCAUUUACCUAUUAUUGAUUUUACUAUCAGUACUCACUGUUCACUAGAGUGUAUAGGUUUUCUUGUAUUCUGAUUGGUUUAUUAAGCCUUGCCCCCAGUUUUGGUGGUAGUUUUUAAAAACAGUAAUGGAGGAUUGAUGUCUUUGUUGUGAUCCUGAUAUAUUCGUUUGUGUUGAUGCACUUUGUGCUCAUAGACUUUAUAUUGUGUUUUAUUAGUAGUUCCAUAAGUUCUAUGGAUUAGUAUAGUGAAGGAAUUCAUUCUGGAACAGGACAUCAUGACUUUAUAUGAACCAUAUUUGAUGUGAACCUCUGUAACCAUUACUGUAGAAGUAUGAAGAUCGUUACUGUUAGUAUUGUGUAGACUGUCG